AGCCGGGCGGGAGCGCGCGCGGGGGAGGGGCGGCGGGUCAGUCUCCUCCGGGCGCUCCGGGGAUCAGCUGGCGGGCGGGCGGCCCCGGCUCUCGCUGCAGCGCCGCCUCCUCUCCGUGUCGCAGGCCGGCCCCGCGGCCGUGACAAUGUUGCGGGGCUGGUAGCUGGGCGCCGGCCGCCGAGCCAUCUCAAGUUUAAACUUACACGAAUCGCUCUCUUGAGGAGGAGGGGACCGCCGCGCGAUUGACACGCAUAUUCCUGUAGGCAUCCUCCCUCAGCCCCCACCCCCACGGCCCGAUUCGGGUGGCUCCUCUCCGAGCUGAAAUCCGAGAACAAAUCCUUGGAUCUCUUGUUUUCUUUUAAAAAAAAUUCUAGAAGCUGUCGGUAUUUUGCUUUACUGCUUCCUAUUCACAAGAUGAAGAAGUUUUUCGACUCCCGGCGAGAGCAGGGCGGCUCUGGCCUGGGCUCCGGCUCCAGCGGAGGAGGGGGCAGCACCUCGGGCCUGGGCAGUGGCUACAUCGGAAGGGUCUUUGGCAUUGGGCGACAGCAGGUCACUGUGGACGAGGUGUUGGCGGAAGGUGGAUUUGCUAUCGUGUUUCUGGUGAGGACAAGCAAUGGAGUGAAAUGUGCCUUGAAACGCAUGUUUGUUAACAAUGAGCAUGAUCUCCAGGUGUGCAAGAGAGAAAUCCAGAUAAUGAGGGACCUGUCAGGACACAAGAACAUUGUGGGUUACAUCGACUCCAGUAUCAACAAUGUGAGUAGCGGUGACGUAUGGGAAGUGCUGAUUCUGAUGGACUUCUGUCGGGGAGGCCAGGUGGUCAACCUGAUGAACCAGCGCCUGCAGACAGGUUUUACAGAGAAUGAAGUGCUGCAGAUAUUUUGUGACACCUGUGAAGCUGUCGCCCGCCUGCAUCAGUGCAAGACUCCUAUUAUCCACCGUGACCUGAAGGUCGAAAAUAUCCUCUUGCAUGACCGAGGCCACUACGUCCUGUGUGACUUCGGAAGCGCCACCAACAAAUUCCAGAAUCCACAAAGUGAGGGAGUCAAUGCAGUGGAAGAUGAGAUUAAGAAAUACACAACGCUGUCCUAUCGAGCACCAGAAAUGGUCAACCUGUACAGUGGCAAAAUCAUCACCACGAAGGCAGACAUUUGGGCUCUUGGAUGUUUAUUGUAUAAAUUGUGCUACUUCACUUUGCCAUUUGGGGAGAGUCAGGUGGCAAUUUGUGAUGGAAACUUCACAAUUCCUGAUAACUCUCGAUACUCUCAAGACAUGCACUGCUUAAUUAGGUAUAUGUUGGAGCCAGACCCUGACAAAAGGCCGGAUAUUUACCAGGUCUCCUACUUCUCAUUUAAAUUACUCAAGAAAGAAUGCCCAAUUCCAAAUGUACAGAACUCACCUAUUCCUGCAAAGCUGCCUGAACCCGUGAAAGCCAGUGAGGCAGCUGCAAAGAAGACCCAGCCAAAGGCCAGACUGACAGAUCCCAUUCCCACCACAGAGACUUCUAUUGCGCCUCGCCAGAGGCCUAAAGCUGGGCAGACUCAGCCGAACCCAGGAAUCCUUCCCAUCCAGCCAGCCCUGACACCGCGCAAGAGGGCCACAGUUCAGCCUCCCCCGCAGGCUGCAGGAUCCAGCAAUCAGCCUGGCCUCUUAGCCACUGUUCCCCAACCAAAAACCCAGCCUCCCCCCAGCCAACCUCUACCACAAGCUCAGCCCAAGCAGCCACAGGCUCCGCCCACCCCACAACAGACACCUUCUGCUCCAGCCCAGGGCCUGCCCACUCAGGCCCAGGCCACGCCCCAGCACCAGCAGCAACUCUUCCUCAAGCAACAGCAGCCACAGCAGCCGCAGCAGCCACAGCAGCCGCAGCAGCAGCAGCAGCAACAGCCACCGCAGCCACCGCAGCAGCAGGCCCAGUCUCAACAGUUUCAGGCAGUACACCCAGCAACCCAGCAACCAGCAAUUGCCCAGUUCCCUGUGGUGUCCCAAGGAAGCUCCCAACAGCAGCUGAUACAGAACUUCUACCAGCAGCCGCAACCGCCGCAGCCACAGCAGCAGCAGCCACAGCAGCAGCAGCAGCUGGCCACAGCCUUGCAUCAGCAACAGCUGCUGACUCAGCAGGCUGCCUUGCAGCAGAAGCCAGCUGUGGCAGCAGUCCAGCAGCCCCAGGUGCAGCCGGCUGCAACCCCACAGCCGCCCCCUGCGCAGGAGCCAGCGGUAAGGACUAGCCAGUGCUCCGAGCACAGUAGACGAGCACACAGCAAACAUCCUGAGAAGCUUGGAGGCUCAGCUGAGAGUUUGAUCCCAGGCUUUCAACCAGCUCAAGGUGACGCUUUUCCCACUUCCUCAUUUUCUGCUGGAACAGAGAAACUAAUCGAGGGACUCAAAUCUCCUGACACUUCUCUUCUGCUCCCCGACCUCUUACCUAUGACAGAUCCUUUCGGUAGCACUUCCGAUGCUGUAACUGAAAAAGCUGAUGUUGCUGUUGAGAGUCUUAUACCAGGACUGGAGCCCCCGGUGCCCCAGCGCCUCCCAUCUCAGACGGAAUCUGUGACCUCCAACCGCACAGACUCUCUCACGGGGGAAGACUCCCUAAUCGAUUGCUCUCUGCUCUCUAACCCUACUACUGACCUUCUGGAAGAAUUUGCCCCCAUAGCGAUCUCUGCUCCAGCCCAUAAAGGUCUCCAGAGAGAGCCCAACCCCUGUCCUGUAAUAACUGUAGAGCACUUUAAAGAAUCAGCGGGUGUUAAAGGCCUUCCCCUGUAUCCAGACCCCUCCAGAAUACCUGACAUGAAAACCCAGAACAAUUUAGAAUCUGACUACUUGGCCCGGGAUGGCCCCUCAAGCAACAGCUCGUUCCACAGCAGUGAAGAGGAAGGGACGGACCUCGAGGGCGACAUGCUAGACUGCAGUGGGUCUCGACCUCUCCUCAUGGAAUCUGAAGAAGAGGACGAAAGCUGCAAGCCUCCACAGGGCAAGCUGGGAGGGGCCAUUCCAUUCACGCAGCCUGAAGUCCCUACGGAGCAAGCAACGGCAGGGCAGGGUGGAAGAAAACAUCAGUUUCAAGUCCUCACACAACCAACCACUGAUGGUCUCGGGGAGCCAGACGUUUUUGCCACAGCCCCCUUCAGGAGCUCAAGGGUUCCAGCUGAUGACAUGGACAUUUUCUCCAAAGCCCCAUUUGUCUCCAAGGGCAGUGUGGCUCCUUCCCAGCCAGAGGACGUGUUCUUGAGAGCUCCUUUUACCAAGAAGAAAAGUAUGGAGGAGUUAACAGUCGCCCAGAGUACCUCCCAGGAGUUGCCUGCGCAGGCCAGUGUCCUCAGCCAGAUAGAGGAUGCCGCUGUGCUCUCGGCCCUCGACAGAGCAGUGUACGCCUCUGUCCGAUCUCAGUAUUCCAUGGCUGGCUUUGUCCAACAGUCCAACCUCCCCUCCCAUUCUGUACAAGCGGCAGACCAUCUUGACAGCAUCUUACCCAGGGGAUCCUCCCUGGAACCUGGAGCCCAUCCUAAUGACAGAAACAAAGGACCUCAGCCCCAGAAAGACGCUGCCUCAGGCCCCAUGGCUGGCAAACCAUUCCGCCCCCAGUCUUUAUCCAAAUACUCCCGUCACUAUAGCCCAGAAGAUGAGCCAAGUCCAGAAGCCCAGCCCAUUGCUGCCUACAAAAUCGUUUCGCAAACCAACAAGCAGUCCAUAGCUGGCUCUGUUGCCAUCACAUCCCUUUCCUCCAGGACUAUGGAGCUGCCUGCUGCUGAUCCUUUUGCCUUAGCACCCUUUCCUUCAAAGUCAGGCAAGCAGAAGCCUUAGGAGCAAUACCUGAGCCUUAGGCCUCUGUCUGCCCCACCCUCAAUUUCCCACCACCCCACUCCCAGCGGAGCCUUCCUCAGAAGAAAUACAUCAGUUAUUAUCAGUUACUGUCUUUCAUCUCCACGGGUCAGAGCAGAACUUCAGUCAACAAACUCAGUAGCAGUGAUACUGAGUCAAAACCCCUUUUAAGUUAUGCCAAUUUCUUUGGUUUAUCUCGAUUUCUGGACUUUCAGGCAUCUCCACCUCUACCCAGAACUCUGCUUUUUUGGAAUACUUCACCCCCACCCCAAAGGGGCCAUAGUGUUGUUAGUUUUAAUUCCUGCAGACGUGGUUGGAGUCAUUGAGGAGUCAAGAUUAGUCCUUCCAGGACUCGAUGUAAUAACUCUUUGAAAAGGAGAUAUUUCUGGAAAGAAAUGCAAGAUGAAAAUCCUGCACAUCCAUAGGAAGUGGAAUCCUGCAGAUGCUCAUCAUUCCUGUAAAACCAGCAGCCCUAGAAGGAUUCUCUGCACCUGUUUGAGUCUGCGCCAGCCAGGCUGGCCCUCGUGCAUGCGUGUCUGUGCGUGUUUCACGUGUGUCUGACCUUUCCCUAUGUAGAAAUGCAAACAGGUGGGAUAUGUGUGCUCAUGUCCCGUAGCGUUGAGCCUUCCCCAUGUCCACGCCACUUUUUAGAUUAGUGUGAGUGCACAGGUUUGGGUGUGGCGUGUGUGUGCACAGGAAGCAUUUUUCCUUUAGGAUAAUCCUGUCCCAGCAUGCCUACCUCCACUGUCACUCAUUUAGUGGCAUUUGUCUCCUGAACUAACUGACUUGAACCCGAUUUUAUUUAGUUCUUUUAUCAUGGCAAAAUUGAAUUCAUUGGAAGGUGUAGGAAAACCUGCUGAAACUACGGUUUCUGAAUAGAUGUAUUUUUCUCCAGAAUCCGCUAUUUGUAGUUAACAAAUUCCAUUUACCUGUUCAUGAGAAUUUAUCCUUAUACAUUUACCACUCAGAACAAUAGGAAAGAGCACCUUGUUAGAGUUCCAACCACUGGGUAUGUGGUCUUUUAAAGACCUCAGGGUCUGAACACUCCAUGCUGUCAUUAUGGAAUUCGUUAAUCAUAAGACUAGGCUUACAAGCUAGGAUUGCUUGCUUGUUCGAUUAUUUGUUCCAAAUCCUUGCCAUCUUUCUCUACUGUCUCUUGAGGAAAUAGAAAUCUGAUACGUGUAAGUAAGUUUGUCUGGGAAAAUGGAAAAGUGCUGAAUCAGUUAGCCAUGAAAACCUUUCAGUUCUCUCUCCCCAUUAAAUGUUGAAGUAAGCCAUAGCUAGAUGACUGACUUGUGUUGUUGAAAUGUCUUCUCUUUCUGGAACUAUCCGACUCAUUUCCUAGCUGUUUUCAUACCUUUAUUAUUAGUGCCUUAAAAGGAAAUGUAUGUCCCAAUGGGAAGACUUCGGAGGAAAUUCAACUUAAUGGAAAGAGUUGCUACACCAUGUUUCAAGUUGAAAGCUUCCUGGGAUUUUAGUAAAUGUUAGUGAUUUUUUUUUUCCCAUUAGCUGGAGAAAUUGAGAGAGUUGCUUACCAAACCAGAUAAAUGAUUUAAGAAUUCCUGGAAAUUCAUCCAAGAAUCAAGUCUGAAUGCCAAACUCUGUUGCAGUUGAUGAGGUGUGAUAGUCUUUAAAUUUGAAGUUCAGGGAUCUUGGCAGUAAAAUAUGAACAGCUGCUUCAAGACUUUUUCUAGUUUUGUUUUGUCUCUACCUAUUUCAAAUGUCCAGGUUAAAAGAUAAACAAUUGGCACUGAAUUGGGCCACCAGCAAUGGUGUUCCAACUGAGUUUCUAUCGUGCCAGAAACAAAUGUCUUUCACUUUGUUAAAUGCUAAAUGUUUAUUCUAAGAAUUUGCUUUCUCUCAGUGGUCAUUUCUGAUUUUUCUAUGUAGCAGUGUAUGGAAAAUUAUCUUUCCAGUUGAGUGAAUAGUUUUGGCUAAUGCUAUGGCACCCCAAACUCUUCCUUUCGUCAUUAUCAAUUAAAGCCCUCAAAGGCAGGAGCUAAGAGGCUAGGAAUAUUCAGGGAGUGUUCUCACCCCAAAUCAGAAACUCUGAAAAAGUGGAAGGUCAUUCUGAUUCACUCUUCCAAAUAUUCAGGAUUACCUCUACAACAGCCUUGCAAAAUGUCUGUCUUUUGGUUCUUUGAUCACUCCCUCCUAGUCAAGCAGCCAUUUUAGUUCUCAAGAUAAAAUCAAUAAAAUCAUGGUGAUUUUUAUUAUGUAAUUGAAUCAUUUGUCAAGCAUGGGCUUGUAAUCUGUUUUUUUAUUCUCACUGGAAACCUAUGAUGGUUGGAGACUCUAAAUACCUACUUUGAAUAGGAAAUGAAUAUAAACACACACAGAUUACUUUUGUAUUCUUAGUGAUAACAUGAAAUUUUUUUGACUAUUGGAGUAUAUUAUUAGCUAGUAGCUAGUGACUUCUUCAGUGAUCUUCUUUUGAUCAUAUAGGGUACAUGUAUUAUUCAAAGAUAAAAUGUACUUGCCAGAGGCCAUCCUGAAUCUGGAAAUCUGGAAAAUUUAGUUUUAAGGGAAUCAGGAGUGCUCAGGGUGCUUUGAUUUAGUUGUAAAUGCAUGUUUCCAACAAGUGUACUGCAAUAGGAUAAAAUUAAAGAGAAAAAGAAAAUAUAGAGUCAACAAAAUACUGCAUUUCUUGUUUUAGUUUGUUUUAUGUGUUAUUUGCUUUACACAUUUGAUAGGGAAUGCGGGACCUUGUGACUUUUCAUUUCAGUGGAGCACAAUGAGCCAGAAUAUAUUUAGAAUAAAGCAUUGCAUCGCAUCCUACACUGAUGAACUCGUAAAGAAUCCACAUUAAUUGACUAACAGGCACUAUUGAAUUAAUGAAUUGCCUUAUAUGUGGUGAAAAAUAUUUAACAUCUGCUUCUUGGGCUCACAUUCAGCCCGUUAGCUCCAAAUCCUUGUUAGAUUGGAAAAUGGAACGAACAAAAUUUGAUGCUGAAGCAGAGGCUUGCCAGGACUUAAGGGAAACUUUAGUUUGGGCCCACUCAUUGUUGAGUUGCAAAUUUCAUACGUGUAGACUAGUGAGUAUGUGUUUAUGUGCCCAUAUUAGCUAUGAGUUUCUUUUGGCAACCAAGAAUUCUUUUAAACUUCCAGGAAAAAUACCAGUAUCAUAUUGACCCAUUAUUUAUUAAGUUUUAGAAUACAUGUGUAUCAGUGUUUUUAGCUGUUUGGUGGACAUUUCACGCAUGAAGUAGCAGGUUUUAGUUUUAUUUAAAGUAAAUGUAACCACCAGAGUGAUCUGACAAUAGAAAUUGAAUUAUGCUGUACUUGAUUCCAUAAAGAAAAGUCAUCAACACAUAGAUCCUAGUUUAUGUAUGUAUUAUAUAUAAUAGGAAACUUUAUCAUAUAGGAAACGAGAGAAGGGGAGCAGGAAGUAUACCAUGUAAAAUGGAGUCACUUAGGUCCCUUUCAUAAAUAUGUUAUUCUCUGCUAUGUCUUUGGAAUUGAAAUUGGAGAACAUAAGCCAGUCAACUGUGGAAUGGCUGCUGGUCACACAGAAGCAGUUUUUGAGAAAACUGCUAAUUUUUUGAGAAAUAUGGAACCCAGAUUAUUUUGAUGCAAGAUACUCAGGAGAGCCGCUGAGAGAACCACACUCCUAAGGAGACAGGCACACCUGUAAGCGUUGCAACCACCCCUGAGUUCUAAUCCUCCAAUCCUGCCCAAUGGAGUAAACAUGAAGGUUUUAAAUGAAAUCAUGUAAUUUAAAUUCUUAGUUUUUCCAAUGCCUUUGUCAACUAUGACUUGUUUGUUUUUUGGUUGUUCUUUUUUGCUUUUAACCACCAGAACACUUGCAAACUUGUGACUUGUGAAGUUCACUUAAGGAGGGAUUUCAAAAUGCUUGAAAAUAAAAAGUAUCUGGUUGGGAAUUGUUUUCGUGUCCUUUUGCUACAAAAUAAAUUGGCUAGGUUGCUGAAACCAAGCUGGCUCAGCUUAGAUGGAAUCUACACUGGCAGUGUCUUGAUUCCCAGAAUGCCACCUUGCUCUCUAAGACUUCCUGGUCCCACCUGCCUCAUUUGCACCUUGACUUUUAUUAGAAAAUAGGCCUCUCGUGUGUGGUGCCCAAGGUCCCAUCAUUAAAACACUGCCAGACAUAGCUCUUUCCUGCUCUUUAUCCACCCCUGCAAGUCUUCCUGGCUCAUCUUUCUUGUUCCUGAUCCCACCUCACUUCCUUACACGACAUGCCCCUAUUAUGACCAUACCAGUAAGUGGAUGAUGAGAGGUGUGAUUGAAUGAUCAUGUUAAUUUUUAUUUGCCUCUGGUUUUACUGUAAACAGUUUCUUCUUAAAUUUUAGCCUCGCCUGUGAUAAUCUCACCACACUGGAAUAAUUCAAAAUAAGAAUGAAAUGGCUUACCUCCCCCGUUUCUUAUGGACUAGAAGAAAGGAUGAAGGAAGGGUCGCAGAACCCCAGCCUUGCUCUGGAAACAUAACCCAAAGGCAUCUCUUCACCUUGAUGUAACAGAGGCCCAGAGUGCCCUAGAAUACAGGGGCAAGUGUAUAUGUGAAGGGACUCUAGAAUAGCUCGUAAAAAUGACCAUGUUAACCGGCACACUGGUGGCUUCAUCCAGUAUUCCCAUAACUUGUAAAUUACAUUAGAAAUUUAGCCUGAGCUGCUUCCCAGCAAUCUCAAUAUGUGUGACACUGUUUUGAGUUGAUAGUAAGAAUGUUUUGUUCUUGAAAUCAAGUAAAUGAAAUCGGCAUUGCAUUAUAAUAGAACCGUAUAUGCACUUUAAAGGGAUCUAUUUGAUUCCUUUUGGUAAAAAUUGCAGAAAUGGUUUUUCCCAAUGUUAAAGAGACUUUGGUAGUAAAAGAUGAUGUAGCCUUUCCACUCUGAAAUGGCAAGUCAGUUGUACUCUUGAGUCUACCAAAGACUCCUGUUUGGGGAGUGUGAAUGGAGAGAGAGAGAGAGAGAGAGUGUGUGUGUGUGUGUGUGUGUGUGUGUGUGUGUGUGUGUGUGAUGUUUUCUGCCAUGAUGUGAACUUGAGACCUCCUAAUAAAGGCAUCCAAAGAAUACCAAAGGUGACAGUCGGUAGUUGGCAGGAGUAAAUUUGGUUCCCUUUGCCAACAGCUCUCUGAGUAAGAACUAGAGUUCUAGAUAAAGGUGGGGGGAAAUCAGCCAUUGCCUUAGCCUCAUUUCCACAGUAAGUAUGCUCUUCUCAUCCACAAGGAUGAAACUCAUUAUGGUUUGUCCUGAAUUCUUGGCUCAUGUAUAGUGUUGGAAGGGCAGUAGUGACCAGAACACAAGGACUGCCAGAUGUUACUUUGAAAGAGUGAAAGUGUAAUGUCAUUUUUUAGGGAUGGAAACCAAAUACAGGCCAAGGACCAUGCUCAUUCCCUGGAGAAGAGGUGAACUCCCUCUGCUGAUUGUAUUUUGAGUUGACCAAAGGAGGAGGUCAACCUAGCUGUAAGGAGCAUUGAGGUCAUUGGACCUCAGAGAACAAUAUGUGCAUGCAAUCUCAAGGGCUGUGAACAGGGGGAAGGAAGGGAAAAGGACACUUAUAAAGUCAAUCUUAACAGUUUUUGCAAUACCUCUGAUUUGCAGACUAUUGGAUUUAUGUUACUGCACUCUUCGUGUGAUCUAUUUUAUGUACCUGAUAGUUUUUAUGAAUAAUAAUGUUUGAGUUGUAAACUCCUAUACACUUUAUUAAAAUGGACCUAAUUAAAAUAAAUGAU